CGGAGUCGCUUCCGGUUGGGCGGGGCUUGGGCGCGUGAGCUGAGCCGGUGGGUGAGCGGCGGCCGCGGCUCCCUGGGCUGUGAGCGCUGCGAGCAAAGAUCUGAUUAUCAUGGACCUGCGACAGUUUCUUAUGUGCCUGUCCCUGUGCACAGCCUUUGCCUUGAGCAAGCCCACAGAAAAGAAGGACCGUGUACACCAUGAGCCUCAACUCAGUGACAAGGUUCACAAUGAUGCUCAGAGUUUUGAUUAUGACCAUGAUGCCUUCUUGGGUGCUGAAGAAGCAAAGACUUUUGAUCAGCUGACACCAGAAGAGAGCAAGGAAAGACUUGGAAAGAUUGUAAGUAAAAUAGAUGGCGACAAGGACGGGUUUGUCACUGUGGAUGAGCUCAAAGACUGGAUUAAAUUUGCACAAAAGCGCUGGAUUUACGAGGAUGUAGAGCGACAGUGGAAGGGGCAUGACCUCAAUGAGGACGGCCUCGUUUCCUGGGAGGAGUAUAAAAAUGCCACCUACGGCUACGUUUUAGAUGAUCCAGACCCUGAUGAUGGAUUUAACUAUAAACAGAUGAUGGUUCGAGAUGAGCGGAGGUUUAAAAUGGCAGACAAGGAUGGAGACCUUAUUGCCACAAAGGAGGAAUUCACAGCUUUCCUGCACCCUGAGGAGUAUGACUACAUGAAAGAUAUAGUAGUACAGGAAACAAUGGAGGAUAUAGAUAAGAAUGCUGAUGGUUUCAUUGAUCUAGAAGAGUAUAUUGGUGACAUGUACAGCCAUGAUGGAAAUGCCGAUGAGCCCGAAUGGGUAAAGACAGAGAGAGAACAAUUUGUUGAGUUUCGAGAUAAGAACCGUGAUGGAAAGAUGGACAAGGAAGAGACCAAAGACUGGAUCCUCCCCUCAGACUAUGAUCAUGCAGAGGCAGAAGCCAGGCACCUGGUCUAUGAAUCAGACCAGAACAAGGAUGGCAAGCUUACCAAGGAGGAGAUUGUUGACAAGUAUGAUUUAUUUGUGGGCAGCCAGGCCACAGAUUUUGGUGAGGCUUUAGUACGACAUGAUGAAUUCUGAGCUGCAGAUAGAGGAACCCACAUUUCUUCAAAAGUAAUUUAUUUUUACAGCUUUUGGUUUCACAUGAAAUUGUUUGCGCUACUGAGACUGUUAUUACAAACUUUUUAAGACAUGAAAAGGCGUAACGAAAACCAUCCCGUCCCCAUUCCUCCUCGUCUCUGAGCGACUGGAGGGAAAUCGUGCUUCUGAGGAACAACUCUAAUUAGUACACGUGUGUUUGUAGAUUUACACUUUGUAUUAUGUAUAACACGGUGUGUUUAUUUUUAUAUUUGUUCUCUGGUUGGGAGUAUGAUAUGAAGGAUCAAAAUCCUCAACUCACACUUGUAGGCAAACAUUAGCCCUUCACUCUUUCUCGACCCUUACCAUAUAAUUUUUAUAAUUCCGACUUAACUAAGCCUGAGAUCAAUAAGAAAUGUUCAGGAGAGAGAAAAGGGAAAGAAUAUACCCCACAAUUUGAUUUAGAGAGAUAACACUUAAUCUUGACUAUUGAAAGUAUAUGUCAUCAGUAGUAGGAGCUAGAUAUUCCAUUCAGCUGCUUCAGGUCCAGCAGCUGAUCCUGGUGUUAUCUGGGCAAGGACAGAUCCCUGUGCUGUAAGAAAACUUGGCUCAACUUGAUUUCAUUCAUUCUUUUUUUCCUUUCCCAUAGGACUAGCUGUUUGCUAAUUUUGUCAAGCGCAGCUGUGGUGGGAAGAGUUAGGGCCAGUGUCUUGAAAAUCAAUCAAGUCGUGAGUGUGAUCUCUUUAGAGAGCUAUACAUAGAAACAACUGGAAAACUAAAGGAAAAAUACAAGUGUUUCCAGGGCGCACACUUUUCUGGGUGUGCAUCUGUUGCAGUGCUCAAGACUGCCUUGCCUAUUGAAUCACUGUAAGUGCCCCAUUUGGCUCCUAUUUCCCCAGGUGUUCCGAGGAACUAGUCUUGCUUUCACUGCAGUUAAAGUGGACUCCUUUCCAAUCAUAUCAUUGAAAGUGCCUUGAAUGAAAGAAAUGAUCACUGAAUGAGGAUUCUCUUAAGAAAUCCUAAGAUAAAGAGAAGAUUAUUUGGACCAUCCUAUAUGGCAACUUAGAACCUCCCACUAUAGUGGGGAUUUUUUUCUUCCCUUUCUCUUUCGGACAGUGGUUAAAUAGCAGUAUUAGUUAGGAGCUUGGUUGCAGUGUUCUUAUCUUGUGGGCUGGUUUCCAAAAACCACGUGCUGCUGAAUUUACCAGGGAUCCUCAUACCUCAGAAUGCUAACCACUUACUACCAGGCCUGUUUUUGUGUCAGCCGGAGAGCUUGAGCUCAGACUCAAAGAUGAGAGGGCCUACAGAGAGGGCUCUUUGGUUUGAGGACCAUUGCUCAUCCUUCCUGCCUUUGAUCCAUCAUUCCCUAUUCCCCCAUCUCCUCCGACUCCCCGCUGCCAAAAGACAAGUUUUUCCUGGAUCCACAGAUUGCCAGUCUUCAUCAAAGAGAGGGCUGUAGAAAGAGCUGAAGAAACCAUCCUCUGUUCCCAACUCACUUUACCCAUAUUUUACAUGACACAAACUAUCUUUUUUGGUCCCUUUCUUACAGUUGGACCUCUUUUGAGAAGAAUUAUUAUAUUCCAAGUCUUUAGCCCUCAGGUUACUAAGAUAAAUAUAUGUAUAUUUAACCUCUAUUAUUUCAUUUAUCUUUCUGGAUAAUACAUUCAGGUGGUGCUGGGUGAUUAUUAUAAUCUGAACCUAGGUAUAUCCUUUGGUCUUCCAUGAUUGUGUUGAGGUGGGCUACUUGGCCUGGUAAAAAGCCACAUAUUGUGUAACUUCACCCUGGCCUUCACACUGACCCCUUGAGAGUGGAUAAACUCUUUAAGUUUAACCCCAAUAUAGGAGAAUGAAAAUUCUCUGCCCUCCAGAUUCCCCAUUUUUAUUGUUAAGAAGACCAGAGAUAAUUAAUGAUGCCACCAACCCAGGCGUAGGUAGAGAGGGCACAUCAUGAGCUGUAGGCAGGAGAGCCUCACAGCUCACCAGGUGCAGAGAACCCAGGCCUUAUGUGAAAGUCACGCACCUAGAAAGCAAACCUUCAUCUGCUAAGACGGCAACUUCUGGAUGCUGGGUGCUAAGCAGCAAGCACUGUAAUCUCUAAUAAUCCCCCUGGAUUAUCAUUUUGGUUUAAAUCAAGCUUGAGGCUGGUGAACAGUAGCUGCACACCCACAUUGUGUGUUCUGUGAAUGCUAGCUCUCUUGAAUUUGGAUACUGGUUAUUUUUUAUAGAGUGUAAACCAAGUUUUAUAUUCUGUAAUGCAAACAGGUACCUAUCUGUUUCUAAAUAAAACUGUUUACAUUCA